CAUCCGUGAGAUAAGCUUUGCCCCUCGAACGGCCAUAAACUGAGGAGCGGAUAGAUGCAAGCGAUUGCGAUUCGCGAGGGCUGUGUUUUUGCUCAGUUGAAAACAUGAUCUUGACCACCACAUUCGUGUGCUUUUGCCUGGCCUCGGCCUUUAACUAUUUCAGGACCCGUCGGCAGCGGUCGCUGAUCAAGAAUCUCAAAGGACCCUUCACCUGGCCACUGUUGGGAUCAAUGCACAAAUUGCUGUUCUUAAGUCCAAAAAAUUUCUUUCAGCGCAAUACGGAAUACCUCACCAAAUAUGGUUCCUUGAGCCGCUGUUGGGUCUUCCAUCGACUUUUUAUUCCACUGGCGGAUCUGGAGCUCAGCAGGCAGCUUCUGGAAAGUAAAACGCACUUGGAGACGGGCUAUGAACUAAUGAAGGAUUGGCUGGAUGGAGGUGUCCUCAUGUGUCAACCGGAUCACUGGCAAAAGCGACAUGGAUUAAUCAGCGGGCUUUUUGGCAAGGAAAACUCAAAACAGCUGAUGGAACUAUGUCGCCAGCAGGCUGAGAAACUGCAUCAAAAGUUGGUGGAACGCGCAGACCAAAAGGUGUUUGAUAUCUGGGAAUUGGUGGCUCCCAAUGUCUUGGAGCUCAUGGUAAUGACCACCUGCGGCGCAAGUCCCAGCGAGGAAUAUGCCAAGAACCUAGCAGAUUUAUCAGAGCUCUAUAGAAAACGCUUUCUCAGCCUGCAGUCUGCCAACAGAUUUAACUAUUGGCUCAGCUCACCUUUUAUGAGAAGACAUCAGAAUCGUUUAAUUAGAAGACUGAAUGAGGAGCACAAGGAUCUGAUAGCCAGGCAACAAAAACCAAACAAGAUGGGCGAUGUUUUGGUCGUGAAUCACUUAGAGCCACUUCCCCAAAAGUGUCAUGAUUCCCUGCUCGAUCUUCUCCUGGAAAGUAAGGAACCCGAACUUACAUCUGGGGAAAUCUGUGGGGAGCUGAAUACCUGUAAUUACCUGGGAUAUUUGCUCUGCAGUUCGGCACUUUGCUUUGCCCUCGUCACCAUUGCAAGAAAUCCAUCGGUGCAACAAAGGUGUUGGGAGGAGUUAAAACUAGCUCAGAGCAAGGAUCAGGAAUUGGACUUGGAAAAGCUUCCUUAUUUAGAAGCUGUGCUAAAGGAAACCCUGAGACUCUAUCCGCCACAGGUGAUUGUUGGACGACAAUUUAAGCAGGAUUUUCCAUACACACAUAGUAUCAUAGGAGAUGGAGAUCUACCCUUUGGUUCCGAGAUCUACAUUAAUCUUUAUGAGCUGCAGCGCAAUGAAAAUCGCUAUCCGAAAGCUAACAACUUUGAUGCGGAACGAUUUCUAGACUCUCCCCCGGAAAUCCUAAGUUUUAGUCUGGGGCCCCGAUGCUGUCCAGCCAGUAACUUUAGUAUUGGGCUACUGAAAACUCUGCUGGCUCCUAUUAUCACCCGAUUUGAACUGUUGCCCUACGGCGAUGAACUGAAAUUGAAUAUGCGACUUAUUUUGGGAUCUUCCAAUGGAUUUCAGUUGGCUUUAAAACCACGAUAAGGUUGUCCAAAAAUGUAUAUAUAAUCCAUAAAAUAUUGAAGAAACAGGAAAGAAAUCUUAAUUUGACUAGCCUUAAAAAAUUUGUAUAAAAACGUUAUAAUCCGAGGAAAAGUAUUU